UGCUGAUGUGAGUAAAGUGAAAGAUGCAGGUGGAGGAUGGAGAGGUGGAGGGGGAUGGAGAGGUGGCGCACACAGUGUUUGUGUUUAAUCUGAGCAGCUGUGUGAGGGAGGAGAUCUUAUAUGAGCUCUUCCUGCAGGCAGGACCAGUACAGAAAGUCUUUAUUCCCAAAGAUCGAGAUGGAAAUCAGAAAUCUUAUGGCUUUGUUUACUAUAAGCACGCUGAGGCGGUUCCCUACGCCAUCGCGCUAUUGGAUGGGAUCUGGCUGUACGGCUGUCCAAUCGCUCUGAGGCAUCAUUAUGCUCACAUACUCACAGCUCAGGAGGAUCACAGCUGGAGAGAUGGGGGUCCCUACUUCCCUCCUGUAAUGCCAUGGGCGUGGCCAAAUGUUGGAUUUGUUUCCUGGACUUCUCAUUCAGAUGAGCUGACCCAGGCAUCAGACCGUACCAACUCAGCAGUGAGGGGAGGAGACCGAUACAUGGGGCUGCAGAAUCCUGCUGUAGGCAGAAGAAGCCAUGAGAGAAGAAACAGACAGAAGAAAAAAUACAGAAGUUAAUUUUAAUUUAAGUUUAAACACAGCUGCCACUCUUUAUGUCUGUUAGGCCUCUGUGUGAGUGUGUGUGUGUGUGUGUGUGUGUGUGUGUGUGUGUGUGUGUGUGAGUGUGUUUAUUAUCAUGAGGUGUAGGUGGUGUUAUAUUUUGACUUUAUCAGGGUCGUCACAAAAUCUUUAUGAAUAGAACAAUGAUGAUGAUGAUGAUGAUGAUGAUGAUGAUGAUGAUGGUUAGAGGAACAGUCCUGGCUCUGGU